CGUUUCCGUGACAAUCAACUAGCAACGCGCGGUGCUUGGCGUCUGUUUCGGGUAUUAGCUGAUUAGCUGGACUGCUGAAGCAGAACUCUAAUCUCGUUGGUCUGAUUUGUGUUUGAAUAUCAGCUAUUUAUUACCAAACUGCAAAAAUGAGCCUGUCUCUAAGGACUGACCUAACUGCUGUUGAUAAGAGUAAAAGGAAGAAAAGGAGAGAACUUACUGAGGAACAGAAGGAUGAAAUCAAGGAGGCGUUUGAGCUCUUUGACACAGACAAGGAUAAAGAAAUAGAUUAUCAUGAAUUAAAGGUGGCGAUGAGAGCUCUGGGUUUUGAGGUGAAGAAAGUAGAUGUGUUAAAGAUCCUAAAAGACUAUGACAGAGAAGGAACUGGGAAAAUAACUUUUGAAGAUUUCAGAGAAGUUGUGACGGACAUGAUAUUGGAGCGAGACCCAAAAGAGGAAAUUCUGAAGGCGUUUAAACUUUUCGACGACGAUGAAACGGGAAAGAUAAGCUUGAGAAACCUGCGCCGUGUCGCUCGCGAACUGGGCGAAGACAUGAGUGACGAGGACCUGCGAGCCAUGAUUGAUGAAUUUGACACCGAUGGGGACGGAGAGAUUAAUCAAGAUGAGUUCAUCUCCAUCAUGACCGGCGACUCGUGAGCAGCUGUGACUCAAAGAAAACGUGUCCUGAAGAUUUGGCUGCGCAUUCGCUGUGAAGAACCAAUCGAACUGACAGACUGAUCUUAUUCAUGAGCAGUAAACCACAUUUCAGAUGUAUGGAACGGUAGGUCCGACUGGUGCUAAAGUUCUGGACGAAAGCUUGAACUGAACUGGACGUGAAGGAUGAACAACAUUUCAGGUCAUGAAUAGGUUGGUUAGAUUUUUAUAGGGGUACUUUGUAUUUUAAAAUCUCAAAUGUGUUGUCUUCAAUGUUAGUAGUUUGUAUUGUAGUUGUUCAUUUUGCAUUUGAAAUAACAUUCCAAAGUACUAUUUAUUGUAAAUACUCAGUAAAAACAAAAAAAAAACAAAAAAGACUUUUCCGUUUGUCUCUUUGACUAAAUAUCAGAGUCGUCAUCAUAAACCAGAAAACAGUGCUAAAUGGAAAUAUUAACUUAAAUUAUACUGCAAUAGCAUAUUUAUUUCAUAGAUCCAAUUGUAGACUGAUUCCAGGCAACGUAGAUCAGUUUUACAGAAACAGUAUAGGUAAGUUCAUGUGACUUGUU